GUGACUCCAACAAAACAUAUUCCGCGAGAGGAGCACUCACUGCCCCCUUCGCCUAACCAAUUCCCAUGGCAUCCCACCAAAACGACGCCGUUUUCCCCGAGGAAGAUCUCGACGACGACGACGAAACGCUGGAGGACGAAGAAGAGGAAGACGAAGACGACGACGUUUUGUGCGAACCUGACGAAGACGAUGAAACCGAACCCUCCCCCUCCACCUCCUCUGCCCUCGCCGUCGUCGCCCUCGCCGCGCCCGGUUCCGCCGUAUCCGAAGCCGACAACGUGACAAUUCCGACGGCGACAAUCGCCGUCGCCGAUUCCUCGCCUAAACGACAGCGCACCGAGCAGAUCGAAGAGAAAAAAGCGUUGGACGAUUCUCGAAGACUGUUUCAGCGUCUAUGGACCGACGAGGACGAGAUCGGCCUCUUGCAAGGGUUUCUCGAAUACACCGCACAGCGAGGAUCCUCUCACCACAACGACACCGCUUUGUUCUACGACCAAAUCAAGUCAAAGCUUCAACUCGGUUUCAACAAGAAUCAGCUCGUCGAGAAGCUCCGAAGGUUGAAGAAGAAAUACCGCAACGUUCUCACCAAAAUCACGUCCGGCAAGGAUUUUUCUUUCAAAAGCCCUCACGAUCAAGCCACCUUCGAAAUCUCGUGCAGGAUCUGGAGCAACACCGGUCCAAUAACCGGUCCUGUCGAAGAUGACGACGAAAUCAACCUCAACCCUAAUCCUAACCCUAAUUUCAGCCACUCAAUGAAGAGUGAAUCGAUGAACGAGAAGAGGACCGCGUCGUCGCGGAAGCGGUCGCGAUCUCGAUCGGAGAAGCGUGAUAUGAACGAUGGUUCAGCGUUGCAUAAAGAUAAUAAUUGUAAUAGCAAUAAUAAUAAUAAUAACAACAACAAUAAAGAUAAUGAAAAUUGUAAUGGUAGGCAUACCUUACAGGGUUUGAUUGAAGAGACUGUGAGGGGUUGUUUGUCUCCGGUGUUGAAGGAGUUGUUGGUAAGUGGUGGCAUGGGAUUUAGAAACCCUUUUGGUUUUGGGGGAAGAGGAGGCUUCGCGUUGAAUCCAAUGCCAAUGCCAAUGCCAAUGCCGUUGAGUCUUUUGAAUUUGGGAAUUGGGGAAAUAGGGGGUGAUGAUAACUGGAGAAAGCAACAGAUUUUGGAGUUGGAAGUGUAUUCCAAGCGUUUGGAAUUGGUGCAGCAUGAGAUCAAGGUUGCUCUCGAGGAGUUGCGAUCUGCUGGAGGAGGAUGACCCAAAAUAAAACUUAGCUUUUUGUUUUAUUGUUGGUACCCUUUCGAAUUCCUCCCCUUCUUGUUCACGUUAAAGGGUUUGCUCUCUAAUUAUUCAUCCAUCAAUGGUUUAUAGGGUAGAUUGAUAGCUAGUAAUUUAUUUUUGAGUUUUAGUUUAGCUUUUAAUGAUUCCAUACAACAGUUCAAUAAAAUGUUGAUUUUUUUAGUUUCUUGUAAAAUUUUCUUCGGUAAUUAAUAAUUUACUAGUGUAUGUACAGAUACAGGGAACUGAUGAACUGCCUUGUAUUUUGAUGAGUGUUGUAAAGUAUGCAAUUGUGUGUGAAUAGUUUUGCCAAAGGAAAAGUUGCUUUUUGGUUACAUAACAUGUGGUAACCCGCGUUGCUUUGGGUUUUGUAAUUUCUGAGUUCUUUUAUUUUGGUAGGAUAAUGGUAUGCAAUGGCAAAUUCUAGUGGCUGCUUUUGGAUGAUUCGAUUCAUGUCAUACUUUUUGAAAAUAUUUUUAAUAUGUCCAGCCACAUGAGUUCUCUUAUUCAGUAAGCCUAACUCUGUUGGUACCUCUGAUCAGUGUGGUCAUUUGUGGAUUUUCUGUACAUAAUCGAGGUUCUGAAAGAUGACGAGUUUAGAUUGCAACGAAGAGCAAUUUUUACUGUCAGUUUUGUUUUACUUUUUACCCGCAGGCUGGUUAACAUUGCUGUCAGGUAGUUAUCACUAGUUGAUUGUGGUAAAGUUGAAGUGUGCACUGCAGUUCUGCUUUUCAAUGAUUGGGAUCUGCUGGUCCUUGGAAAGAGAGAGACACGAGAGAAGUGAAAAUUGAAGAGGGGGAGGCAGGGGCAAGGGUUGAAAAAUAGAUUAUUCAUAACUUUCAGCAUUAUUCAAUGAUUAAUUAGUUCAUCCGUUUCAU